ACACAUUUUGGCUCUCUCUCUCUCAUCUUCUUGAUUGCUUUGCUUUCUGGUAAAACUGGGAAUUGAAAAGAUGGUUAAGAUACGAAGCUACAACAGUGGAUUCGACAGAGCUCGCGUGGAAGAUCUUGAGAGAAGAUGUGAGGUAGGGCCAAAAGAGCAUGUGUUUCUCUUCAUAGAUACUAUGGGUGACCCCAUCUGUAGAAUUCGUAACAGUCCACAGUUCAACAUGCUGGUGGCCGAGUUGGGCAACGAGAUAGUUGGAGUGAUACGAGGAACUGUGAAAGUUGUGACGAUUAAGAAAAACCCUAAGAAUCCGGUGAAAGUAGGAUACGUUUUAGGGCUAAGGGUGUCGCCGGUUCACCGGAGAAAAGGGAUUGGUUCCGGUCUGGUGCGCCACAUUGAAGAAUGGUUCCUCUCCAACCACGUAGAUUAUGCGUACAUGGCCACCGAGAAAGACAAUGAGGCCUCCGUCGAACUUUUCGUCCACAAAUUCGGUUACGUCCGGUUCAAGACUCCGUCAAUCCUCGUCCACCCGGCCGGCGGCCGUCGGCCGCCGUCCUCCUCGGCCGGUGUCGGAAUUUCGAAGGUUAGCGUGGAGUGCGCGGAGUUUCUUUACAGGAGUUUCAUGGCGGGGUCAUCCGACUUUUUCCCGGUCGAUAUCGACAAAAUUCUUAGGAACAAGCUGAACCUCGGCACAUGGGUCGCCUUCUUUCGCGGAGACUCGUCGGGGGAAUUCAGUGGAACCACGGAGCUGCCGAGGAACUGGGCCAUGGUCAGUGUAUGGAACUGUGCCAAACUUUUCAAACUAACCUUAGGCCGACAAACCUUGUCUUGUUCCUGGUACGCGACAAUGGCGAAACUGUUGAACAACGCUGUUCCGUGUCUGAAACCGCCUCCCGCAUUCCCAGAUUUGGUCGGCCCCUUCGGAUUCUACUUCGUGUAUGGUUUGCACCGCGAGGGCCCAUUCUCCGGCAAGCUGGUCCGGGCACUUUGGAAAUUCGUAUGUAAUAAUAACAACUUAUUCCCCGCCGACGACGACGACAACGUUAAACUUAUUGUAACGGAGGUUGGGUGUUGCGACGACGACAAUAAGCAGCUAAGACAUGACAUCCCACAUUGGAGACUACUGUCGUGUCCGGAGGAUUUGUGGUGCAUAAAGCCAUUGAAGAUUAACAAUGAACAGAAACAAGAACUCAUCGCAAACUCCAAAGGCGCCCUCUUUGUUGACCCAAGGGAGGUGUAAUAACGUAACUAAAUUAUUCUUCCCAUAUAUAACUAAUGAGCUAGCUAGCAAGCAGGGAUGAGAUGUCAUAUAUGUCUGAUCUGAAAUAAUGAAAGAAAGAAAGAAAGAUGCACCACUAGCUAGCU